GUCUCUAUUACGUGGAUAGCGAAGGGAACCGCAUCUCAGGAACCGUCUUCUCGGUGGGCUCCGGUUCCGUCUACGCCUACGGGGUGAUGGAUCGCGGCUACUCUCACGAGCUCUCGGUGGAAGACGCCUACGACCUGGCCCGCCGGGCCAUCUAUCAAGCCACGUACCGCGACGCUUACUCGGGGGGCUCAGUGAACCUCUACCACGUCCGCUCGGAUGGCUGGAUCCACGUCUCCAGCGACGACGUCGCCGGUCUGCGGGAACUGUUCUGCGACACGUCCGCCGAAGCCGUGGCCUGAAAGCGUGGACUAAAAUGAGGGUGGGUGGAGGGCAGCAGCCUGGGGUCUCUGUAAAGGCUGUAGAGUAUUUUCAGAACCCGUAAAGAAAUUGUAACUUUGACUGUUAACGGAAAGGGCGAGGCCGCAGAUAUUGUUGGAGGAACGUUGAACCGGUGUUUUAUGUAAUAAAAAUGUCCAGCUUCUUUGGAAUCAAA